AUGUCUUUCUCAAAUUGCAGGUACUUGGUCAUCGUCGACCCACUGUGGUACCGCUACAAACGCACUAUAAAGACUUCUGUGACGGUCUGUGUCAUGGUCUGGGUCAUAAAUCUUGUCUUCAACUUUGCUGUGUUCCCCUGGGUUAAUGAAUCAGUCGAAAUACUCACCUUUUCCGUUUUCCUCCUCCUUCCUUUUCCACUGUUAAUAUUCUUCCUGGUCAGGACCCUUAAAGCCCUCUCUGCCUCUGUCUCUGUCAAUUCUGAAGAAAAACAAAGAAUUGUGGGAAUUGUGGUCUCUGUGAUGCUCAUUUACACACUUCUGUUUCUGCCUACCACCAUUUUGUUUCUUGUAGAGGAGGCUGGAAUUAGUAUCAGUUCUUUAACACAUAGCCGUAGUCAUUUAUUCAUAAGGUUGAGUCCUCUUGCAGACUUAGUUCUGUAUAUUUUCAUCAGAAAGGCCACCAUGGGCAAGCUGUUGGCCUCUGUGUGUUGUUGCAAAGAGGAGAGCAAUGACAGUCACACAUCUGCAGUGAAUAUUGACAAUGUGGUCCCACCAGAGAGCGCUGCCAUGCAGGAAAUGACUGUAGGCGUCUCUGUUUCUCACACAAUUACGCCACGGGUGUAG